CUGUUAUACAAGGCAGAUAUGAAUAGGGAUAGUAAACAAUGGAGAAAUAUUUAUUCAGGAACAAGUCUUGAAAUGGAGGAUGGUUCAAAUUCUGCGGCAACUUUGAUACAACCCGGAACGUAUCAUCCCUUUAAUCGAUCACAAUGUUCGAAAUCGAUUAGAAGAAAAUAUCUUCGUGCUGUAUUUAAAAGCGGUGAAUUCAAUAUCUCCUGCAGAGCAACAAAAGGUUUAAAAGUGUUUUCGAAUUAUUUUUGUUUAUUAUUGGAAACAAGAUGGCGUUGGACACUUCUCAAUUUCUUUGCAGCAUAUAGCUGCAUUUGGUUAUUCUUUGGGCUUAUAUAUUAUAUAAUUUCAUAUAACCAUGGUGACUUUUUAGAAGAAAAUCUUCCACCUAACCAAAAUAUAUCAGGUUUCACGCCUUGUGUUAAGAAUAUUUAUGGAUUUACAUCAACCUUCUUGUUUAGCGUCGAAGUCCAUACCACUGUCGCUUAUGGUAAAAGAGCUAUAACGUUGGAAUGCGCAAACACAAUCAUAGCAAUGUGUCUUCAAUGCAUUGUUAGUUCAUUUUUCCAAGCCAUAAUGGUUGGUAUCCUUUUUGCCAAAUUAACACGACCAAGAGCAAGGACUCAAACUAUACUUUUUAGUAAGCAUGCUGUGAUUCAUCUAAGGAAUGAUAAAUUUUGUUUUAUAUUUCGUGUUGGAGACAUGAGGAAAUCCAGAAUAUUAAACAUUCAACCAAAGGCUUAUGUUAUUAGGCUCGACACUGACAAUGAUAGUUUUAAUGUUACUGAACAAAUCGAAUUGAAACUCGAUUUUGAUGAAUGUGAAUCGGCGUUCUUCCUUUGGCCUAUAACUGUAGUUCAUGUUAUAGAUUCAAAUAGUCCAUUUUAUAGACUGUCCGCAGCUGAUUUACUUUGCUGUAAAAUGGAAAUAGUGGUCGUAUUUGAAGGCAUUAUUGAAUCAACUGGUCAGCCAGUACAAGCAAGGUCAAGUUUCACCGAAUAUGAUAUACUUUGGGGUCAACGUUUUGUUUCAAUGGUUGGAUUUAACUUCGACAAGUUAAUGUACCAUGUAGAUUUUUCAAAGUUGUCCGAUGUACAACGGGUUGAUACUCCUCUCUGUUCUCCCAAUGAGUAUGAUUACCUUUUAAACAAGUUCUCUGAUUCAGUGACAUUGUCAUCUAAAUAUGAAUUUUAA